GCCUCAUCCCGCUGAGCCACAUCUACUGAGACACAAACACACACGCACUACAGCAGAUCCUCUGCCAUGGCCUCCUUCUAGCAUCUCACCAAUUGGAAAAGGAAAGUGGAGGAGAUCCUCGAAGACGUCAUUCAACACUUAACGGUCCGGACAUCACUGAGAUUCAAAUCUGAAAAGGAGAGAAUCCUGUAAUAAAGAAAAAGAAAGCGAAAUAACGAGUGCGAUCCGAGAUUCCUUUACAAAAAGCCCAGCAGACUUGUGAACAGGAAUAAUGAGGAACGGCUGGGUGUUGCUCGCGCUUUCAGCACUUUGCCUUCUGGGAAAAAGGGUCCUGGUGACAGGUCAGCACACCCUAGCCACAGUGAUGUACCUGGAUGAUCAGCCGUCCGGUGAUUACUCUAUCGAUAAUGAUGAUGAAUUCAACUCUGGCUCAGGAUCAGGUUUGGAUGAAAGUGAUGAUGAAGAUGUGUGGACAAAUGGAAAAAUGCAAAACAUAAAGCCUACACAGCUUUCCACCCAGACAAGCAGCCCAGACCUGGAGAUCACCUCAUUUACUGUGCCAGACACACGGCUGGCCUCCACAGAUGCAGGAGAGCAGGUCACAAAGAUGGAAAAGCCCCAGGGCAGUGACGUAGCCACUAGCAGGUCUCCAGAGCUGGGAUUGGAAUUUGACAAGCAAAAUGAGGUGCAAUCCGAAAAUCUCUUCCAGAGGACUGAAGUGCUGGCAGCUGUUAUAGCUGGUGGUGUGAUUGGCUUCCUGUUUGCGAUCUUCCUCAUUCUCCUAUUGGUGUACCGCAUGAGGAAGAAGGAUGAGGGCAGUUAUGAUCUGGGAGAGCGCAAACUACCAAGUACAGCUUAUCAGAAAGCCCCAACCAAGGAGUUCUAUGCCUAAAUGAGCGAUUACACUCAACAUUCUUCCCAUAUCACAUAUGACAAACAUUUCCUCAGUCAUCAAAAACAAAAGCUGGAAUUAUAAAAGACUGAGGAGGUUUUUAUUGGUAACUUAUUUAAUAACAAAGGUACAGUAUUUUUGCUUCAUAAAGCCAAUCAGAUAUUAUGUUUUUGUUAUGGACCAUGACUUAUUUCUCAUGUGGUUUUUAAAAAUUGUUGGAGAAAAUAAUGUAAUAUAAAACAAUAAAUGUCAUGAUUUAUUUCAUCCAUAGACUACUUUGUGACUAUAGCGGUACAUAUUUGUAUUUUUUAAAUAUACAAAAGGUCUGAAAUCUGGAUUGUAAAUGUACUUUAUCUUUUAUGCUAUAAUAAUUACCCUGAUCACAUUUCAGCAUCUCCAUAUUGAUAUCAAUAUUGAUCUCAUUCUUAAUUUAGGUACUAUAGAAAGUGCUGAUUUUUUUGAUUUUUUUUUUUUUUAUAAACCAUUUUCUAUUUUAAACAGUUCUAUCUGUUUGGGCUUGUAAAUUUUUAGUGCUGUCAACACAAAUUUGUAUAUUUUGUCAAUUCAGUAUCAAAAUAUGGGGAAAAUUUGUUCAGAUUUUUUUUAUAUCAAGCCAAGAACAAAUCCUGAUCUCUCUCUCUCUUUCUCUCUCUCAUAUUGCCAUGCCAGGUAAAGUAAAUUCACUGUAAAUCACUGUCAUUAUGUCUUGUCAUUUAUUCCCUCUGGUUCCCAAGCCCAAAAUGCUUUUUUUUAUCCUAGGUCAUGACAGUUAAAGAGCAAUUGAAUUUUCCUCUUUAAACAGUCUGAGUCUUCAAAAUUUUCCCAAUUGUAGUACUACAUAUAAUGGCAUUAUCAUCCUUAGUUAUUUAUACUAAACAACUUCCUGUAUUAAAAUUAUUGCACCAAUUACAUUUGAUACUGACCAUCUAGUCAUGAAACGCUGGUCUUGGUAAACUGAGCCAGCAUCACACGAGUGCAUAAAUAUUCAGUAAUGAGCCCUAAUCCUUCCCUUUCCAUGCUCAUCACAGCUAUAUGUUUGGGAGCCUGAAAGCAUUUCACUUCUCAGAAUCUUUAUGCAGAGCUAACCACAUACAUUAUUCUUCAUCUGAUGUCUGUAUUUGUGUAAGAGUAGGUUGUUUACAUGCUUUAGUCAGAUUGGGAAACAAAUGCUAAUGGUGAAAUUGCAGCUUCUGAAAAGCAUUCAGUCUUAAUGCAGAUAGCUGUGGGGACUCAGAUUGUGUAAUGAUAAAAAUUCCAUUAGGCUAGAAUGAUUAGACAGAUAGCAUCCAUGUGUUAUCUAAAAUUAUUGAGUGCUUCAUGACGCAUGGAGAUUCCAAGCAUAAGUGCACUUCAUUUACAUGUUUAGGGUUUUUACUGAUAUUUUACACAUUUUAAAAUGUCGUGAUCUUGAUUCCUGUUAAGUAUUAAUAACUGUCAUCAUUUUCCAAAGCCUGUCCUGAUUACUGUCAUGAUGAUUCUGAUUACAUAUGUACAUUCUUUUUCCUUUUCCUAUUUCCUUUUUGCUUAAUUUCCUUUAAGAAUAUGGCCGUUUUAUUCAAUGAUUUAUUUGUAUAUGUUAAUAUACAAUAAUUUAUAGAAUAUAACUAUUUAUAUACAACAUAUUAAAUGUAAUAUGUUCAAUACAAAACAAUCUAGCAAAAUGUAUAUUCACAUUUAAACGCCCUUGAAGUGCCUACUGUUUUGAAAGAUUGCCAUUUUGGGGCUUUUGAAGACAUGUGUACAAAAGAAUGAAGGAUGGAGUUUCAUAAGCAUGGCUGAUAAUGGAAUGGUUAUAGAGUUAUAAAAACAGUGUUGUAAUAAACACUACUGAAUAAACAGUUUCUCAGUU